ACGAGCGCGCCAGUACAGUAGGUGUUCUGUGAGCGCGGCUGGCUCUCGCAACCUGCGGGUAGCCAGAAGUGGAAAAUCGAAGAGCCCCUGUGUGCGCGGAUUCCCUUGGUGUAUUGCAAUAUCCGUCUUUGCGUUCCUUCCUCCGACGGUCCGACCGUCCAGGUUGCAACAACUAGCCAGCCGUCGCGUUUGUGUUGUGGUGAUUCCACAUGUGUGUCUCGUGCGGAUACAGCGAUGAAGGCCAAUGUAUUCGGAUGCUGCGCUGAGUGUUAAAACAGAAUGGAUGAAGACUCCCCGGUUCGCCUCAACGGGCGGAGGAACCGUCGGCGGCUGUCAGGUGACUCUACCAACAGCGACAGCAUGCCAGAUAGCCACGACUGUGACUUUGAGCCAGCCCUGGAGUUUGAUGACACUGAGCUAGUGCAGACGUCGCUGGGCACCCAUGGGAACCUGCCCAUCAAAGUUGGUGAGCCCAAUCGGAAUCUCACGGUGCACCUUGAUCUGCGGGACACCACGUCGGCCAACGGCCGGUACGUGAGCAGUGGCAGCAAGGGCGGCUCCUCCUCGCCCGAGUACUUGGACUCCUCGCCGUCCCUUUCGGAGAGCCUGCUGGACGACAACAAUUAUGAGGCCGUGCUAGGCCUCGACCUUGAACCGCCCCCUGACCUUUUACCGCCCCAGGAUGGCCGACCACAGCUUGAGGACUUCACUGACAUUGAAUGCCAUGGCAUUGUCGACAUUGCGGGGGAUGAUGCUUAUGGUCGCAACGUGAUAGUCAUCUCGGCAUGCAGACUGCCACCCCACAAAGAGUUAAACCACCCAAAGUUUCUCAGGUACCUGAUGCACACCCUGGACCAGUUUGUAGAGAGUGACUACACGUUGGUCUACUUCCACCAUGGCCUCAACAGCAAGAACAAGCCGUCCCUGGGCUGGCUUUGGACCGCAUUCCGCGCAUUUGACCGCAAGUACAAAAAGAACCUCAAGGCCCUCUAUCUAGUCCACCCAACCGGAUUCGUCAAAAUACUCUACCAGCUGUUCCGGCCAUACAUUAGUGCCAAGUUUGGGAGGAAAAUCUCGUACAUGAACCACCUGCAUGAGUUGAAGCAGCAUGUCCACUAUGACCAGCUGCGAAUACCAGAACAGGUGCUUGAGCAUGACCGAACGCUCCUGUCCAAGGGAGCACGCCUCCCCCACUCUCAGAGCAGCGGAUUCUUCGCUGCUGCUGGUGCACCCACAUAUCAGCCCACACAGCAGUUUCGGGCCUCCCUCGAGCACAUCAAGAAGCACAACAAUGGGGACCCGAUUCCAAAUGUCGUUCGGGACUGUGUCACUUACCUGGACAAUGAUAUUGCGUUGGAGACGGAAGGCAUCUUCAGACGCUCUGCCAACACGCAAGUGGUCAAAGCGGUGCAGGCACUCUUUGACCAAGGCAAGUAUGUCAACUUUGAUGCCUACAAGAAUGUCCAUGUUGCGGCAGUGAUCCUCAAGACCUUCCUCAGGGAGCUGGAGGAACCCCUGCUGACCUUCGACCUUUAUGAUGAUGUCAUGAGCUUCCAAGAGCUUGACCAGUCUGAGAAGUUGGUGCAGGCGCGUACCUUGCUGCUGGAGCGGCUGCCCGAGGACAACUAUGAGCUGCUCAAGUACAUCGUUGAGUUUCUCGCCAAGGUGAUCGACCGGAGUGAUCUGAACAAAAUGACGGCAUCCAACCUGGCCAUUGUGUUUGGCCCAAACUUGCUGUGGUCUCGCCAGGAGCAGGCCUCGCUCAUUUCCAUCACCCACAUCAACCAGUUUACCGAAUAUGUCCUACGCAAGCAGCACCUGCUGUUCAGCAAGUGAGACAUUCCACGCCGGAAACCGAGUGCUUGUCAGUAGAUGAAUGCCUGUGGAAAUGAUUGUGUUUAUUGACAAACCGUUGCCGCCCAUUCAAGCUGACAGAAAGCUUUGAUUGCUGCUAGUGGUGUGAGUACAAUGUUGCUGAUUUCUGUGUGUACGUUAUGUGUGUCUUCCUUGUGUGCCAGCACAUUGGCUGGCAUACAAGGUUACGAGUCAGACUGGCUGUUUUUAAAUUGCCGAUCUUCGUGAUGAACAUGCAGUUUUGCAGUGUUUACUUACAGUCUGCCCUCAUUCGGCAUCUCACAAAGGCUUUGGUGGUAUUGAAUGUCACACUUGAUCCUGCACUUUGCACCAUUCUUUUCAAGAGCAAUGCAAGCAAUGUUCUGGUAAUUAGCACUCUGAACACACUAUCCUUCGUCGCUACUACUAUGAUCACAGGCCAGAGUCUCAGUGGAAAUGUUGUUCUUUGGUACGAUAAGCAUGUCAUGGUCUCCACAAAAGAAACUCGUAUGAGAAAACUAAUAUGUAAUGACUGAAUUCAAAAUAUUCUAGUUUGUUUCUGUUGCAAUAUUGCAGCCAAUGGUGAGCCACCACAUAUUGUUCUUAUCUCGAGUCGGACAAUGGUUCUGUUAUUUGUGUAUGCCAUUUGUGUUGGUGGCACAGGAGAGCACCAGUGUUGCUUAAAAUGGCAAGAGACAUUUACGAUUAAUUUGAUUCUGUCAAGUUUUGAUUGUAGCUUGUUAAUUUGUUUUUUACAAGAUGGUCACAAGGACAGUCUGAAAACCUUCCUCUGGAAGAAUGGGGUAAUUUUAUAGAACAAACAAAAGAACUUGCGCUGUGUGCUGAUGGUGUCGAUCAGUCAUGCCCGUUUUCACAUGCUUCUGCCAUGUGUUGUACCAUGAAUGUUGUACCAUGAAUACCAUGGAUGUUGUAUCAUGUGAUCAUGUAAGUGUUCAAUCUAGUCCUACUCAUAUUUCAUGCUUAAGUUGCAUUUCAUGCAGUGUGAUGCUUUGGUACAUUACCUGUUUUCGUGAAUCGGUGGUGUGUGCUGUUUCAACAAGUGGACUUUUUCAAGGCUGCAGUUUUCAAAGCUGCAAGCUUCCAAGACUUCUUUUUUUUUUUUUUUUUCAAAAGCAACUUUCAAGACUUCAAAAAGAGAAGUCCACUUGUCAGAAUGAGGAGUGCAGCACACCCAUUCCCUAGUAUCAAAAUUCUCAUUGCAAGCUUCCAUCUUCCCUCUCCUGCCUUUUCUCUGCCUGUCUUCACCAUAAGGCAGUUGGUAUUCCACUUGUGCGCAUAAUUUGCUGUGCAUUUCCAUUUCAUUUUUAUUGUUAUACUCGGUGUAGUACUGAAGUUUGACUCAAUGGGGCGAUGUCAGACAAAGGAAUAAUUUUGCUGCAGUGGGAGCAUCUGCUGCUGUCAUCGAGAACUUGACUGUUGCAGUUCCACACGUUUGCAUUGUAUACUUGUAGGAGCUGCAGGAAUUCCUGUCUGUAUUGUAAUACGCAUCCUUAAUGAUAACCAGCUGGCAGGGAAGCCCAAUAAAGUGGACAACUACCACCGUAGACCAAGUGGCGAAGGCCCGCAAUAUGGAGGCUCAAGGUCUGGUCUUUGCCGGUGGCAAGUCAUCUCUUUAGCCCUUUCACAUCUAUCUCACAGUCAUUACAGUACACCUAAAACAGUACAGUAAACUCCCUUUCAUAUGAACUCUGUUAAGAUGAAUUCUUGCUUAAGACUAAAAACACUGGAGUGUUUGGUUUCCAAUAGACUCAGGAAAAAACCUGCUUAAGACGAACCGUGUAACAGGCCUCUUCUGUUAAAGGGGCCCUGCAACACUUUUUGAGCAUGGUCAGAGAACACUGCUGAUCGGAUGUAGAGGCUCCUAACAACAUGCGAGCCAAAUAUUAUAGCGCAGCACGCGGCCUAGAAUUCACAAUAAAUUAUCAAAGUCCACUCAAAAUUGCCUUCUCUACUUUUGACAAAUUACAGAAUAACCCCCAAAAUCACUUGUAGUAAGCCAUUUGCUGAUCAAAUCAGCCAUUUUCUGAUUUGAACAUGGUGCACCCAAUCGUUACAAAAAUCGCCACGAGAGGCCGCUACUUGUCCUCGCGCGUGUGCAAUUACACUGAAAUAGCCGCACAUUCUCAGAAAAAAAAAAGUGCUCAAAGUCACGAGGCGCGCGUGACGUUUCUCUGUGGCCCUGUUAUCCCUCCCUGCUUAGCUUCCAGCGCUUUCGUUGGGACUAGAGAAAAGAGAAUGCAAUUGCACCGUGCGACAAACCUUUGUAACUGCACUCGCACUGGAUGAAUUCUUAAAAUGUUUGUGGCGUUGAAUUUGUGAGAAAAUGAGCUCUUCUAGUGAAUUCAUUCCAUGGUUGCUUGAAAAAGUGUUUCAGGGCCUCUUUAAAGGUUACUAUAACAGUGACCAAAAACUAUGGGGUUUCUGUGCAAUGAACAUUAUGGGGGCAUUCAGGCGAAUAAGAGAAAGCAAAAAAAAAAAAAAAAAAACUUCCUGGCACAAAGAUUCAAGGCAAAUUGAAGGCAAAUAGCUAUGUGGAAGGAGAAAGCGAGAUAAGUGAAAAAGAAAGGUUAACACAUAAACUUGGAUCUCUCUCACUCCUAGCCUGCAGGUGGAGAAAGGACGAGCUUUAUUAGCAAAGAAAGCAACAAAAAGCGUUUGACAUAUUCUAAUUACGUUCUUCAGUUCCUCAACUGGAAUACAGCAGAGAACAAAACAACACAAGAGCUUUGCUAGAGGGGAAAAAUGCAAGGAAAGAGUGGCGAAAAAAGGCCAAAUGAAAAUGAAAACGGGAACAAAGAUUGUCUGCGCGUUAAAAUCAUGUGAAAUGAAAACCAUCAGAGGAGUCAGAUACAUUGUCAUUGCUGCCACACAAUGGUGUCUGAGCACUUGUUGUCAGUUGGCAUUGUUUCACGUAUGGCCUGUGUAUCUAUUCCCAGUGAAAUGAAGCAAGUUGGGAUGCUCCAUUUUUAUUAUAAAAGUUCACGACAAAGGAAGGUCAUUUUCCACACUGAAUAUAGCUGUGUCGUGUCUUUUUUGUGUGCUUUGGAUCGCGAAAAGCGAAAACAGGGAUCUUCAGCAGCAUGUCGUUCAGGAAAAGUCACUGCAGCAUAAAAAUAAGAUAAAUUUCCAAACCUCAAAGAAAAGCUUGCAGAGAUUGAUAAGCAACUUAGCACAUAUUGGCUUUGUCAAGGUAGGGGUAUGCAAUGGAGGCAUAUACGAAAGUGAUAGCAAAGCCAGUAAAACAGCCUCUCAGAAGGUGAACAGUCAGAAGAAUAAAUUGUCCAUUCUUAGAUGGAAAAUUGUGCUUGUCCCUCCCUUUUUGUGUUUUUCUAAUUGUCAAAUAAGGUCGUACUACAGUUUAUUGUUAAAAUGUGGUAGCAGUUUAUUGAUGAGCAUAUUUAUUAUGAACUUGCAGAGUUUAGAAUUCCGUUAAAUUAAUCUAAAUACUCUACACAAAAGCAUAGCUUUUAUCAAAUUGAGCCAAAUAAAUGCUUUUUCUUGUUCCUUUCCUCCCCCUUUAUAAGUAUACCUCAUUCAGUGUUUUCAAGCCACAUAUUUGGGCGUACUUGGCAUGUCGGCAUUUGGUUUUUGCGGGCACUUCUGAUAAGAUGAACUCCUGAUAAGACGAACAUAUGAUCAUGGUCCUUUUGAAUUUGUAUUAAAGGAAGUAUACUGUACAAUUAAUCUCUUCUAUACCUUUAUGUUCUGGUCUUCAUUAAGGCUGUGUCGAACAAAGCAACGAGCCCUCGAAAUUUCCAUCCUUUGUUCAAGCUCUGUAAUGCCAGCUUUAGUGAGAUCAUAGUGACUGCAGCUAUUACUUUCUUCCAAAUACUCACUGCUUGGCAAAAAACAGUUUCAUUUCAGUGAGACGUGCUGAAAUCGAGACGCACCACCGUGUUUUCAACUUAUCAGUGCACCUUGAGCACCACUUGUGCUUGGAAGGCAUCAUGGCAUCUAGGGCAUGUCUUUCUGGUAGAAUAGUUACUCCACCAGGAAGACGUGUCCUAGAUGUCUAUGAUGAUGGUUUUUAUUAUUUUGUUUUUCUUGACGUAAGAAAUGGAUUUCAUGCUCGAGAAUGGAGGAGAGAUAAUUUAUCGAAACGAAAUUUGUUGUACAAAGCAAUCCAUACAGAGGUAUUGCCCCGGAAGGGUGUUGGCCCUGGGUUAGAUUCCCAGGUCAGGACGAAUUUUUCAGCAACUAAGUCUAAACUUCCUCUCUGAAAAGCCCGUAUGGAUUAUCUUAUGAGUUCAUGAUACAAGCAAGUGAUUUUCGAUUCUCUUUUAUUAACCCUUCCACCACCUUGCUGGAUAUCACAUAACUUAUUUGCAGCAUGCCGAUUCAGACGUUGUCGGCAGGGUCUGUGCACCGUAAUGUGGUUUUAUACGUUUGUAACAGCUUCAAGUUUUUUGAGUGACAAUAGUCCCUUUACUGUAUUUUUUCUACCGCUACAACCUCUGUGUCAUUUUCUCUGCUAAGUAUAUUAGUUGUUUUGCCCGUGUAUGACUGAAGGUUUUCAGAUGACUGACUAGCUUAUUGCCAUGUCACUUUUUGUAAGGUAAUGUCGAGGGUACACUUUUUCGACAUCACACUAGCAGAAAUAAACAAACAAUAUAAAUGCAGCAUAAUUUAAAAAUAAUAGAACUGUCCAUCAAUCCAAAAUAAGCAUCAAAAAAAAAAAAGGAAGCAUGGCUAUCAAGAGCAAACACACCGAACAAGCGGUGACUUCUGAGUGAAUUUGAUUGACAUGAAAGUAGUGGAAACAGUGUUAGCAAUCACAACAGUUUCCAUUGCAAAGCCCCGCAUUCCAAGAAGCAGAGCUCCCUUUCAGAUAGUGCAACCAAUGGUUUGCUUACGCACCCGCUCUUCUCUCGCAGUAAUCUUGUCUACGCUGGAUAACCACUGGUCAUUAAGGGUAACUGACUGGAUUCCCAGAGACGGCAAAUGCAUGAAGGGGAGACAGAAAGUUAGGUGGGCCAACAAGAUUAACAAGUUCACAGGUGUAAUGUGGCAGCAUAAAGCACAAAACUGUGUUGAUUGGCUGAUCAUGGGAGAGGCCCUGCAGUGGGCGUCGUUGGGCUGAUGAAGAUGCUUCCUGUGUCUCACUGUGGGACACGUUCCAUUUUCCAGCUGGGACAACUUGUCAAUACUGCUGGAAAGAAAUUUUGCACCAACACUCUGUCCUAUUUUAUAGCUGUACUUUUUGUGUUGUUUAUGUUCAAUGCGAAUAACCAAUGAACCAGUCAGCUAAUUUAAUGUCGACGUAGCUUACUAUUCUACUUAAAGGGACACUGAACAGAAACAGUGGCUUGACAAACUGCACUCUGGCAACUCUACCGUAUGUUUCACUAUCAUAAGGUCAUUAUUAGUGGACAAAAUUAAGUUUAAAGCUUCACUUUUAAAUUUUGCACUGAAAUCUUCAUGCAUGAUGUCAGAAACUUCAAAAUGUGUUUGGGUAUAUUUUCGGGGCCUUGCCUCGAUUAAACUGUCUAAAACUUCGUAUGCUAAGUCUAUGGCACCUACAGAUGAUGAUAUACUUCAUUUUGGUCGACUAGAACUACGUAAGAUUCCCAGUAGACACCUUCAGAAUCUAUGAUGUCACGGUGUUUGGUGUACAAUCUUGAGGUGGUUACUUCACUCGCAUUUUCUUUUUGCGUGUUUUCUCGCUUACCAAGCAUUGUGUCGCGAUAGGAAUGGUGUUUUCAGAAUUGUGAAAUUGUACUUUGCUAAUACGCAAAAAGUUCUUUUGCUAUUUAGUGUUGCUUUUAAAGCUUUCAAAAACUAUGUAGUGACAAAGGUCAUUGCUUGUUGAUGCUGGUAACUUGUUGGAUAUUUCUUGGCUUUUUGAGACUUUGCUUGUCUCGGAGCAUUAGGAUUACUUGCUUUGAGGCCCAUUGGCUCUAACUUCAAAAAGAUGGGCAUUCUUGAAACGAUUGGCAAGCUUGUGCAAGUUGAAUAAAACAAAGAAGUAUAAAGCAAAGCAUUAGAAUAACAGCUACUGCCCCAAAAUACAGUUUCUUCUGGUGCACCCAAUACAACCCCCAGUGAAAUAAUCGGGGAAUGAGUGAACAUGAAACGUUUUAUAGACAUUGUAAAGAUGUGUUCAACAAAAUGAGCUGACCUGUAGCCCUUUGUGCAUUGUUUAUUUUUGCUUUUGUUGCUUUUCAAGAUUUCCUGCUGGUCACCUUUCCGAGCUGUUAAUGUAUUCCAUUACAUUUCUACUAAAAAAAAUUGCUUGCUUAUAAUGGUCAUUGAAUUUGCAUAAGUGUUAAUAAGUGUUUUAUUUAUGCAGACACCAGCCUAUUUUUCGACAGUGAUUCUGGUACUGAAAUGUUGAGUUGAGCCAAUAGGGCACCUGGAUUGCAUGCGUACUUGGGAUGUAAAAAACUGUCUAAAGAUUAAUGCAGAGAAAAAUAAGGCAGUGCUAUUUUGUGCGUGCAACAAAUGGUUUGAGUCGUCUCCCAUUUAUUUGUAUGAUAUCAUAGUAGUAGUGCCAUCUUUCUAGUCACUGGGCGUUUACUCCAUUUUAUCUUAAUAAUUGCACCAAAAUUGAAAAGGCAUUCUUAAAAUAUGGGGAUGUUGGUUAUAUGCUGGGGUGGCAUAUAUGCAAAAACAUACGGUACUAUUUUUAAACUAUGUAAUGCCUUUGCCAGAUUGAUAAUUUAAUUAGCUGACCGUGAAGAGUAAUAGCCCCUAUGCAUCAUUGUAGUUAAGUUGCUUUAUCAAUUAAUAUACCUUUGUAUAAUUAAAUGUUUAUUUACUUGGUUCAGUGCAGAAUUUUUGCAUGGGCAACGAGUUCUUUACAGAACGUGCGCAAACUGGCAGCGUUACAGAAAAGGGCAAUUCGCCUUGUGUGCAAAACACCACAUCUCCCAGACAUUGGUCGUUCGGUGUUAAACCUUGAAAUUAUGAAAGUAGAAUCUGUGUGCUUAUGUAGGCUUUGUCACUUGUACAGAAUUGAAAAAAAAAAAAAAAAAACAGAUUGAUAACCAACCUUACAGCAUUAUAUUUCCCUUUCCAACAUAUGUCAGCAAGAAUACUGGAAUUUUAGCACUAGUAGAACUGCUUAUGCUUGACCAAAUGCUGCAGUCUUUUUCACUGAGACUAUUAUAAAACCAAAUGCUAUGAGAAUACACAUAACCCAAAAAUAUAUCUCUUCUCUUUUUAAAGAAUUUAUGUUGUAUAUUUGUAUGAUUGCAAAUACUGAUGUAAGAGGUUCAUGUUCCAUCAUGAACCUUUUUUGUUACAUUUGUACAAAACGUUUGUAACAGUGUCUGUUGCUCUGACUGUGACUGCUUGUGCAUUUAUGCUGUAUUCUCAUGCACUGGUAUGUUUUAUUUGACCACUACGAGGCUGCCUUGUGUACUAAGUGGCCAUAUUUGCCACAAGCUGCUAAUUGGGCCUUUUAUUGCCCGUUCAUCCUCGCUACCUUGGGCACUAGCACGUGAGCUGAAGAGCUAAAUACAAACAAAAAUCAGAUUAAUUUCACUAAGUGGAAGGAAGGUGACAUGGUAUUUGUGGCACGGAAUUGUUCAGUGUCAGGCAUAUCGGCCGGCUGUUUUAUCCACGCUAAGUAAGAAAAAAAGAAAACAAAACAAAAUAAUGCUUUCCUGCUAGAAGAUUGAUUUUUCUGCUUAGUUAUGCACGUGGUGUGUGGCAGUUAAUGUACGAUGUACAUAAAUCAUGCAAAACAAGUGCAACCUCUGGCUGCAAGAAUCUUGGCUCUAAAGAAAGGAAGGGGAGUGAAUUGAGAGCCUGUUUCUUUGUUUAAUUGGGUUGUUCAUGGAGCGUUCUGUAUACAGUAGACUCUCGGUAAAUGGAACUGCUGCUUUAGUGGAACAGCUUAUUACAGCAUGUAUAAUUUCAUACUUGGAUUCACCACCCUCAUUCAUUUUUCAGUGAACGGGACUCCCAUUAAAUGGAACACAUUUCUCUGGUCCAGUCAAGGGCCAUUGAACAAGAGUCUACUGCACUUUCACAGAGUGCAUCUUGUCGAAAUUGUCACUGCUUUGCUGCCGAAUGCGUACUGAGCACAUACCAAAGCCUUUCUGUCUUUUGCAUCCUACUUACUUCAUUUACGUUCUUAUGUACAAGCUUCAGGGACGCAUCAGUGAGAUGCAACACUGCAAAUAUGCACAGCACAUUUAUUGUAUAAAGAAAGUGUUCAAAGUUUUGUCUCACCCGUGGGAUUUAUUGCUUUAAAUUAUGUAAUCUCCGAGUGUGUUUUUGCCCUGUUGUGCUUGAAUACGUAACAUACAAAGAAGUUGCAAGAUAAGAGAGCUUUUUCUUUUCUAGUCACCUAAAGUAUGUAUAACGAAGUCUUGGGCUGUUAGUUGAUUGUAUUGCAUAUUUCUCUGACCAGGGUUCUCCCCAGCAGUUCUUUAGCAAUGGACGUUGUAAAAGUGAAUGGGGACUGUUGUGAAUUUAAGAAUUUCAAUUUUUCCAAUAACUUGUUGCUUUGCUUUCGACACAUGUUCACUUUCUGGCCAAGCGUUUCUGGCCGCGGGAACACACAUCAAUCUAAGUGGAGUGAGCUAAGUGUGACAUACAGUGAAAUGAGGAACAGUAGAACAUGUAAAAGAGGAUGGGCCGAAGACUAUGGCAGUAUCCUCGGUUAGCAAGAGUUAACGAGAAGCAUGAAAAAUAAAACGGUGAGCAAGCGAACCGAAACUAAGGAAAUGCUUAAAAUAGAACCAAUACAUUAAAAAAAAGAUAAAGUACAGUUAUUAAGUCAUGGCAGCAUAGUAGAACUGUAUACAACAAAAUAUAAUAUGACCUGCGAAAGUUAUGAAUAAAGCUAGAGAAUUUUCCCCCUCCGGGGACUUGGUGAUCUAUAAUUUACUACUUUCAGCAUUAUGCUGAAGGUAGUAAAUGUAGUUUUGCAAGUCGAGAAGCUCUACACCAUGUUUUAAUUAAUGAAAAGAUGAAGAGGUCGCCACUACGAGAUUUGCACGCACACAGUGGACACUUGUUUAAAGCAGCCACUCUGCAGAUGGGGCUGGAACGGAGCACAAUGUGAUACGAGUGUCAUCUCCAAGUGUGGCACAUGCAUGCUUUUUACUACAAUAGCAAUUAUAUGAACAGUCUCAGCUGUUUUUUUUCCCGUUGCCACGACCGCUGUCAUUAACUGCAUAUGUAUAUGUAUCUACAUAUGAAUCCUCAAAAAAGAAAAAGAAAGCCACCCACUGCUCCUCAGCUUGUCAUGAUGCAGCCGACACGCACUUAUCCUUCAGUGGAGAGAAUCAUGUGCCUUCGGCUUUCACCAGAACGAUUGCAUUAGUUGCAAUCGUUCUGGUGCUGCAUUAGUUGCCAAGCCCACUCAGGUCACUUCACUCGCUGCACAGGCCCCGUUUGCAAAAAGAGCGCGCUUCUCAUAUUCAGGGAAGUAUAACAACUGGGACACUUUAUAGUUCGCACUCAUAUUUUUUUUUUUUAUACAAUACUGCAGGCCUAGGGCGGCCCAAGCAGGAGUGGUUUGUUUGUAUAUCAAUGAUGAAAACCAGAUUUAAACAAAAAAAGAAAUACAAAUUGAGAGCAAGAGGAAAUAAGCAAUGAACAAUCGAAGAAAACACCAGAGAACAGGAGAGGACUAAUCAGUGCAUAUUUCAGACAUAAGGCACAUAAGAAGGAAAAAAAAAAAAAACGAAGCAAGGCAGCAAUGAUCAUAACAGUAGCGUAGCACAGAUUUUACACAACUAGAUAUGGGAAACCAAUCACAGGAUAAAGGUACCGUUACAAAUUUAUUCUGCGAGCUGGUUAAACAACUGAAGAACAUUAUUUCAUAAGAAGGUUUGUACCUGUGAUUACAUUUCGUGCAUCGUUUUUGUUUAAACAGCGCAGUUAAGUGUCGAGCUGUAAACGUUGUUAGUUGGCUCUCGCCCUGUGUGUGUUGUUUUUGUGCGCCAUUGGUGCGUGAGCAGCGCCGUGCAUGUUUUGAUCUGCUUGCCGUUCUCAGCGUUACAUUCCAAGUUGUUGCUAUUGCAUUCAUUGCUUUGCCUUUGCGGCAGAAAUGUGACUUUUUUGUUUUGGGUCCAGUGUGAAAUCGAUGAAGAGACACAAAUGAGCGCUGUCUCUUCCGUCUUCACUGUACCCAAAAAUGCUACCAUACCAACUAGCCCAACCUUCACUACUAUUGCAUGCAGGCUUGCCAUUUUACAGCGAAAGCCAUUAGAGAUCACAACAAUGGUCGUUUCGGUGCCGUAGUUGUUUUACGGUGUCCGUAAUCACUAUCUUUUGAAAGAAGAAAAAAAUAAUCUAGAAUAAAAUGGGGUUAAAACUUGGGCCCUCUUCUUGGCAGCCAAGUGUUCUAGCACAGAGCAAUGGCAAAGGUUGAUAUUUUUUUACAGAAAGAGCCUAUGCAGGCUCUGUGUUGGGAAGCGUGGAAUUUCAGGUAAUACUUUAUGUGUUAAUGCUUGCAAUAUAGCGUGGUAGGAGAGUUAAGAUAAUGACUGCACAUCACACAUCAAGAAUUAUGUAAUUGAUGGGUCCUUUAAAGCUUACAACCCAUCACAAUGGGCUCAGCCAUAAUUCUUUGUCAUUAGUUGCCACAUCAAGAAAUGCGCACAUAAUGCUUUGCCGAUGAGAAGCGGGUACCUCUACUCUCUGCAUAAUGACAAAUAAUGGUGUAAUGUGUGUUUCCGUACUUCACAGAAAUUGUGAUUCAUGGCAUAGUGGGUGGCUUGCAAGUGUACUUGUUCCUGAAUAGUUUACAAUGGGUUCUGUAAAAAUGCCACUUUUCCAACUUUCGCUCUGGUGUUACUGCGCCUUCCUGCAGGCCUGACACUUUUUUCCGGUUCCUCAGCAACACAAAAAGAGCACUGAGAGUGGUUAAAAUAUACAGUGGGGAAAGUAUGGAAUUCCCACCACCAUUCAUCGUGGGGAGAACCCUGGCUGCGAUCACUGUGGCCUUAAAAAAAGUCCACUUUUCCUUUGUACUCUGUGUAAUGUGCAAUAUACACUGAACUCACACAGUCAGCUCACACGUAAAUAUCUUUAAUGCUACCUUUUUCUUAUUAGUGUCAAUUACGCGAGUAGGUAAACUAUUUGCCAAUACGCUAUGUUGUGCCAGAUUUUCUCUAUUCCGAGGAUGGCUUCAAAUGUCAGGGGUGAAUAUUUUCGAAACAAGGCAAGCUUUAUUUUUAUAACUAACUUGAAUCGCUGUUUGUAGAGUGCACACUUGUUUUGAAUAAAUUGGUUUCGUUCUGCA